AUGGCCUGUAUCUGUCUCUUCAGGCUUUUCCUACUUUUGGUACUGGCAGCUCUUUACCAAGGCAAGCACCUGAACCCCACAUCUCACCUGCGUUAUUCCAGAUUCCUAGAUCCUUCCAAUACUGUUUUCCUGCGCUGGGACUUUGAUUAUGCUGCUGAAAUCAUUACAUUUGAGAUCCAAAUCCGAACAACUGGCUGGGUUGGCUUGGGCAUCACAGAUCGCUACACCUUUGUGGGAAGUGAUCUCGUGGUUGGAGGAGUCCUGCCCAGCGGUAAUGUCUACUUCUCGGAUCAGCACCUUGUGGAUGAAGAUACCCUAGAAGAGGAUGGGAGCCAGGAUGCUGAACUGCUAGGGCUGACAGAAGAUGCUGUCUAUACUACCAUGCGAUUUUCCAGGCCCUUCCGCUCCUGUGACCCUCAUGAUCUGGACAUUUCGAGUGACACCAUGAGGGUCCUGGCUGCCUAUGGCCUGGACGACACUCCAAAGCUGAGUCGGGAGCGCACAUUUGUCAAGUCCAUCUUCCUGCUGCAAAUAGUCCAACACGACGAUCUCGAUGUUCCUAAGGACACCAUCAUCUACGACUUGGAGAUCAGUAAUUUCCUCAUUCCAGAGGAUGAUACCACAUAUGCCUGCAUCUUUCUCCCUCUCCCUAUUGUCAGUCAGAAGCAUCACAUCUACAAGUACGAGCCCUUGUUGGUGGAACACAAUGAGACGAUGGUGCACCACAUCCUCAUGUAUGCCUGUGGCAAUGCUAGUGUGCUCCCCACAGGCAUCAAUGAAUGCUACGGGUCGGACCCUGCCUUCUCCCUCUGCUCCCAUGUCAUCGCAGGCUGGGCUGUCGGGGGCCUUAGUUACCAGUUUCCAGAUGAAGCAGGCAUCUCCAUUGGAACCCCUUUGGACCCUCAGUGGGUCCGACUGGAGGUUCACUAUAGUAAUUUUCACAACCUUCCUGGUAUAUAUGACACUUCAGGGAUGCGGUUGUUCUACACCAAACACCUGCGCAAAUAUGACAUGGGGGUCCUCGAGCUGGGCAUCUCCGUUUUCCCCAUCCACUUCAUACCCCCGGGUGCUGAGUCCUUCAUGUCCUAUGGGCUGUGCAAGACAGAGAAGUUUGAAGAGAUGAAUGGAGCCCCUAUAGCUGAUAUAUAUGUUUCAGGCUACUUGAUCCAUACUCACUUAGCUGGCCGAUCACUGCAAGCUGUGCAAUACAGAAAUGGAACCCAGCUCCAAACGAUCUGCAAAGAUUUUUCCUAUGACUUCAAUCUGCAGGAGACUCGAGAUUUGCCUCAUCUCGUGGAGAUCAAGCCGGGAGAUGAAUUGCUGAUAGAAUGUAACUACCAGACACUGGAUCGUGAAUUCAUGACUUUUGGAGGCCCCAGCACCACUAAUGAGAUGUGCCUCGUCUUCUUCUUCUACUAUCCCAGAAUUAAUAUCUCCAGCUGCCUGGGAUACCCAGAUAUCAUCUAUGUGACCAAUGAGCUGGGGGAGGAAGCCUCAGAGAAUCCCAUGGAAAACCUGAUGAUCCUUAAUAAUGUUGAGUGGACUCCAGAGAACAUUAAGAAGGCCGAAAAAGCCUGCAGGGAAUCCCAGCAGACGGUGAUGGUCAAGACCAUAGAUGAGCAAGAAGAAAAUACAACAGGCUGGAUUCCUGACAUCAUCCCUACUCCUCGGGGGCCUUGCUUAGAAUCCUCUGGAGGCAAAGUGGAGCCUCAGGACAAGACCCCUGCUGGCUUCAGGGCUAUACCAAUGACCCUCUCUGGUCCAAUACUGCUACCCUGA